AUGUCUUCCAAUAACAAAUCGGUUCCGCAGCACGGGGCAGAGGAGGUGGAAAUGGACGAAGGAAAGGACAUGGUGGGCACGGCCAAGGACGCGCAGGAAAUGGACCGUCUGGGAAGGGAGCAGCAGCUGAAUCGAAACUUCCGCUUCAUCUCUAUCCUCGGUUUCUCCAGCACGGCAAUGAGUACAUGGGAAAUUGUCCUGAGUUCGACAAUCUUUGGCUUGUUGAACGGAGGCCUGGCCGGUCUGGUAUGGGGGUUUUUCCUGGUCUGGAUGGGUUACUGCUUCGUCUUUGCCUCGCUGGCAGAGAUGGCCUCCAUGGCACCAACAUCUGGAGGCCAAUACCAUUGGGUAUCGGAGUUCAGCCCGAAGAGCACGCAAAGAUUCCUCAGCUACGCCGUCGGCUGGAUUUCCGUCCUUGGCUGGCAAACCGGACUGGCGUCCAUCGCCUACAUCCCAGGCACGCUGAUACAGGGCCUCAUUGUGCUGAACAACCCAUCUUACGUCUUCGAGCGCUGGCAUGGGACUCUCCUCGUCAUUGCCAUCGUCGCCUUCGCCGUUCUCUUCAACACGUUCUUGGCUAAACGAUUGCCAAUGAUCGAGGGGAUCGUGCUGAUUCUGCACUUGCUGGGAUUUUUUGGGGUCCUCAUCCCGCUGUGGGUGCUUUCGCCGCGAAACUCGGCGGAGAUGGUCUUUACCCAGUUUCAGAACCUCGGCGGCUGGCCGACGCAGGGCCUUUCUUUCAUGGUGGGACUGCUGACGUCCGUCUACGGGUUGCUAGGCGCCGACUCUGCGGUCCAUAUGUCCGAGGAAAUCCGGGAUGCCUCCAUCGUUCUCCCUAAGGCGACUAUGUGGUCUAUCGUGGUCAACGGAGCAUUCGGCUGGAUCAUGAUCAUCACCUUCGCCUUCAUUGCCGGCAAUCCCCUCUACAUCGUGGAUUCGGAUACGGGCUACCCGUUCAUCUCGGCGUUUUACAAUGCAACCGGCAGCAAAGUAGGCACAUCCGUCAUGGUUGCCAUCAUAAUCACCAACACCGUAUCGUCGGUCAUCAGCAGUCUCGCCACAGUGUCGCGACAGCUCUGGUCCUUUGCACGAGACCGUGGGGUGCCCUGUUCCAGCUUUCUUGCCCAUGUCAAAGACGGCUGGAAUAUUCCGCUUAAUGCUGUCCUCGUCACCUUCUGCUGCACCGCGCUUCUAUCCCUGAUCAACAUUGGGAGCACUGCAGCUUUCAACGCCGUCGCCUCUAUGGGCACCAACGCUCUGCUGACCACCUACAUCAUUUCGAUCGGUUGCGUCGUGAUUCGAAGACUCCGUGGGCAACCACUGCCCGAGAGACGGUGGAGCUUGGGCCGAGCGGGUCUCUAUGUGAACUUGUUCGCGCUCGCGUUCUUGCUGACCAUUUGGAUCUUCCUCUUCUUCCCUGUGCAGACGCCCGUCACUCUGAGCACGAUGAAUUGGAACGUCCUAAUCAAUGGCGGCGUGAUGAUUUUGGCGUUUACUUACUACAUCUUGUACGGAAAGGAUAUGUACAGCGGGCCGGUGGCGUUGCCGCCGCCGAACAUGUCUUCAGCGCCACCAAAAGGCCAGAUGUACGACUCCGUCGCCGGCGACUACGACAUCAUCUGGAGUGUCCCGGCUGUCAAAAUCCUAUUCCCUUUGCUCGAUACCAACCUCAGGCGCCUCGGGCCAUGGAAUGGAGCCUCAGUCCUCGAUCUGGCCUGCGGCACAGGCAUCGGCCUGCGUGAGAUGCAGAAACUCGGAGCGACGAAACUGGUGGGUGUCGACAUCAGCGAUGAGAUGCUCGGUAUGGCAAAGCAGACGUCUCCGGAGGCUGGGUUUGAAUUGCACCACGCCGACUGCUCGCAGCCACUCGACCACCUGGGACUGGAGAAGGGGAGUUUCGAUCUCGUGAUUGCCAUGUGGCUUCUCAACUACCCUGCGGAUCGAGCCCAGAUGGCUGCAAUGUGGCAGAAUGUCGCAACGUAUUUGAAGCCGAAAGCAAAAUUCGUCGGCAUCAUUCAAAACCAGGAUACCGUGAAUCCGACCAGCAUGCAGGGUAAAUGGGAGGAGUAUGGCGCACGGGAGACAGGUCUGCAGCCUCUCCCUUCCGGUGACGGAGUCCGCAUGCAUAUUGAAUUCAACACCCAACCCAAGGUGGAGUUCGAUACAUUUGUGCUGAAGAAGGAGAUUCUGGAAGAAGAGGGAAAGAAGGCCGGUCUAGUAGAUCUCCAGUAUGUCCGGCCUGGGGAGGAAGUGAAGAGGGAGGUCGAAGGCAAGGAUGCAGCGUGGUGGAAGGAAUUGUUGGAAGAGUAUCCCAACCAGCUUAUCAUUGCGACCAGGGAAUAG